AUGGCGCUCCGCAGAGCCGCCCUUCGCCUCAGCGCCAGAUUCUCUCUGCCGCCGCUCCCCUAUAAGCCCGACGCCCUGGAGCCCUACAUUAGCGCUAAGACAAUUGAGCACCACUAUGGGAAACACCACAAGGCUUAUGUGGACAACUUGAACGCCUUAGUUAAGGACAGCAACAACCCGAUACACCAGAAGCUGGAAACUAUAAUUAAAAAUGAAAAGGGAAACAUCUACAACCAGGCUGCGCAGGUGUGGAACCACACGUUUUACUUCAACUGCCUGGGGCCCCCCAGCGAAGAAACUGCUGCGCCUUUGGGGCCCACUUUGAAGCGGCUGGAAAGAGAUUUUGGAAGUUUGGAAAACUUCAAAAAUGAAUUCAAAAAAAAAGUUCUCGGACACUUCGGAUCCGGGUGGGUGUGGCUGCUGUACAACACUGCGACGGACAAGCUGGAGCUGGCGGAGGGCCACGACGCAGCAGCACCUUUGACUUUUGCUGCUCGCAGCAGCCCGCUGCUUUGCUGCGAUGUUUGGGAACAUGCUUUUUAUUUGGACACGCAGCAAAACAAAAGUCUUUAUUUCGAAAACUUUUGGAAAGUCAUUAACUGGCACUUCGUCAACGAACAGUUCGUCAACAACCUCCUCGAGACCUACUGA